UGGAUGAAAAUUAUGAACCGACAAAUUAAGAGGUAGUUGAAUAUGCCAAAUUUCUAGGAAUGGAUAUAAUAAAUGAUAAGAAAUACUUUUAUAUAGCAAAAGAAGGUUUGAAAGCUCCUUUGCCAUCAUAAUGGAAACCUUGUAAGAAUAAAAGAGAUGGAGAAAUAUAUUACUGUAAUUUUGAAACUGGAGAAAUAACAAUAAAUCAUCCUUGUGAUGAAUAUUAUAAAUAGAAAUUUGAAGAAACAAAAUAUAAAAAUUAAGCUAAAGUAUAAUAAAAUUUAAUAUAUAUUUAAAUAAAAUAAAAAAAAGUAAGCUGAAUUAGUAAUUAAAUAAAAAUAAUAAAUGCAAGACAUGGAUGAAGGUUUUGUUGGUGAUUCGAAUGUUUUAGAUACUUCUUUAAAUUAAUCUUAUGGUAAUGCAUUUGUUGGAAAUGAUUUAAAUUAAAGUUAAAGUAAUUUUUUAUUUUGUUUUAUUAAUAUUUUUAUAAAAUUAAAAGAUUAAGAAUAAAUAAAAGUUGAUAUGGAAAUUCAAUAAGAGUAUGAAGAUGUUGAACUUAAAUAUUAAAAAGAAUUAAAAUAAAAAAAUACUGAUAUUGAAAAUCAAAUAAAAAAAGAAAAAAAUGAACUGUAAAAAGCUCUUGAAAAAGAAUUAAAAGAGUUAAAAUAGGAAGUUAAAAAAGCCGAAUAAAAUUAAUAAAAAGAACUCCAAAAUUAAAAAAAAGAGAAAAAAAAAGAACUUGAAAAAGAAUUUGAAGAUAAACUAAAAUAAGAAAAAAUGAAAAUCGAAGAAAAUCAUGCCUAAGAUAAAAAAAAAGAAGAAAAUAUUUAAAAAGAAUAAAUAGAAAAUAUAAUGAAAUAAUUUUAAAAAAGCUAUCAGAAUUAAAUUGAUUAAAAGUAGAGAAAUAUAGAUAAAAAAAGGCAAUAAAAUGAAAUUUAAUAAAGAAAAAUUAAUGAAAAGUUUAAAGAAGCGAAAGAUAAUGUAGCUUAGAAAUUUAAUACUUUUAAAAAUGAAAAGAUAGAUUUUUUUUAAAAAAGUUUGGAAGAUAUUUAUGAAAAGAUUAAUUAAAAAAAAGAAAAAGAGGAUAAUUUUUUAAGUGAUAAAAAUUAAAAUGAGUUUUUAAAGAAAUAAAGAGAAAUUCAAAAUGAAGUUUAAAAUAUGAAAGAAAAAAAUUAAUAAAAAAAAGCUAUUUUAAUUUAAAAAACGGAAGAUGAAUUUUUUAAAAAAAGAUAGAAAAUUAUUAAUGAAUUUGAGGAAAAUAAUAAAAAAUUCAAAAAUGAAUAUUCUUUAGAAUAAGAACAUUAAAAAAAAAUACAGAAUUUUUAAAAUAGUUUAAAUUUUAUACUUAUUUAGAAAAAAACGGAAAUUGAAAAUUCAAAAAGAGCCUUUUUAGAUUAAAAAAAUGUCCUUAUUAAUGUUUUUAGAGCAGAAAUUGAAACUAAAUUUAAAAACGAGAAAAAUUCUUUGUCUUAAAAAAGUUAAGAAAAAAUUUAAAAACUUAAAGUCGAAUUAAAAAGUUAAAUCUCAUCUAAAGAUGAUAUUGAUUUUGAGCUUAUUUUCCAAAAAUAAUAACUAGAUUCUAAGAUUUAAAGUUUAAAUGAAGAAUUUGGAAAAGAAAUGGGACUUCUUUCUUAUUUGAAAAAUUAAAGUGAGAAACUUUUAUAAGAAAAAAAUAGUUUGGAUUAAAAAUUAAAUGCUUAUGAAAAUUAUAAAGUUGGUUCUUGGGUUUCGGGAGAUAAUUUGAAAGAAAAAAUAUUAGAAUUAGAAAAUAUAAAAAAAGAUAAAACUAAAAUUGUGGAUAAACUUGAGAGAUAAAAAGAUGAAUUAAAAGAAAAAAUUAAAGAAAAAAAAUUAAAAAAUAUACAAUUUUUAAAGGAAAGUAUGCUUUUGAAAUAAAAAACUAAACUUCAAAAAUAAGAAAAUAAAGAAAAAUAUAUUUUAUUAAAUAUUGAAAUAGAAAACUUGAAAA